CGGAGCUGUCGGCUUUCCAAUUCCCUGCCUUUACUUCCUACUUAUUCCCAGAACACUGAGGUAGUGCUGGUUCCAGCGUGACGUAUGGGCUGUUUCCCAGUUUAAGGGGCGGUGGAGGUGACGCUGCAUAUUAUCACCUGUUGUCGCUGGAUUUGUGCAAUGCCUCCAGCCUGAAGUGACAACACAAGUUUGCGCAGAGAAUCAGUAGCUGGAACUUGUAGUGGGGGAUUCUGUUUCCUGUGCAGGUGCUGAGUUGUGGGACAUUGGGCUGCUGUUCUGUCCCUUCUCUUAUUAUGUCCCCCACGUUGUUGCAGAGAGAUUCCUAUUAGCAUCCUGCCUCCAUUGCCCCGGGGAGCUGAUCGGGGGAUCCGCUGAAGGACUGCAGCUCUCAGUGAGCCCAGAGUAUCACAGGCAUGAGCCAUGGCAUCUGUCAAAGUGGCAGUGAGAGUCCGGCCGAUGAACCGAAGGGAGAAGGAUCUGGAGGCUAAAUUUAUUAUUGAGAUGGAAGGAAAGAAGACAACAAUCACCAAUAUUAAGAUCCCAGAUGUACUCUCUGGAGAUUUGGGAAGGGAGCGGACCAAAACAUUCACCUAUGACUUUUCCUAUUUCUCUGUAGAUAGUAAAAAUAUUGAUUUUGCAUCACAAGAAAGGGUUUUCAAAGACCUCGGGACAGAUGUCCUGCAAUCGGCAUUUGAAGGAUACAAUGCCUGUAUCUUUGCCUAUGGACAGACAGGCUCUGGGAAAUCUUACACCAUGAUGGGUAACCCGGGUGAUUCUGGAUUAAUCCCAAGGAUCUGUGAAGGUUUAUUCAGCAGAAUUGCUGAAACAACACGAUGGGGCGAUGCAUCUUUUCGUACAGAAGUCAGUUAUUUAGAAAUAUAUAACGAGCGAGUUAGAGACCUGCUUAGAAGGAAGUCAUCAAAAACAUUUAAUUUGAGAGUCCGAGAGCAUCCAAAAGAGGGCCCAUAUGUUGAAGAUUUGUCAAAGCAUUUGGUUCAGAAUUAUGGUGAUGUGGAAGAACUAAUGGAUGCUGGAAAUAUCAACAGGACCACUGCUGCCACAGGGAUGAAUGAUGUGAGCAGCAGAUCCCAUGCCAUUUUUACAAUCAACUUUACUCAGGCUAAAUUUGAUGCUGAAAUGCCUUGUGAAACAGUUAGCAAGAUUCAUUUAGUGGAUCUCGCUGGAAGCGAGAGAGCCGAUGCCACUGGUGCUACAGGUGUGCGGCUGAAGGAAGGAGGGAACAUUAAUAAAUCCUUAGUCACUCUGGGAAAUGUCAUUUCUGCCUUAGCUGAUUUAUCUCAGGAUGCAGCCAACCAUCUUGCUAAGAAAAAGCAAGUCUUCGUGCCUUACCGGGAUUCUGUUCUGACUUGGCUCUUAAAAGAUAGCCUGGGAGGAAACUCCAAGACCAUAAUGAUUGCCACUAUUUCUCCUGCUGAUAUCAAUUAUGGAGAAACCUUAAGUACACUUCGCUAUGCAAAUCGAGCCAAAAACAUCAUCAACAAGCCCACCAUUAAUGAGGAUACUAACGUCAAGCUAAUUCGCGAGCUUCGAGCCGAAAUAGCUCGCUUGAAAGCUCUGCUUGCUCAAGGGAAUCAGAUUGCACUUUUGGAUUCUCCCACAGCCUUGAGCAUGGAAGAGAAACUCCAGCAAAAUGAAGCCCGUGUAGAAGAAUUGACUAAGGAGUGGACCAACAAAUGGAACGAGACUCAAAACAUACUCAAAGAACAGACUCUGGCUCUAAGAAAAGAAGGUAUUGGAGUUGUCUUGGAUUCAGAACUGCCUCAUCUCAUCGGCAUCGAUGACGAUCUUCUGAGCACUGGAAUUAUUUUGUACCAUUUGAAGGAAGGGCGUACAUAUGUUGGAAGAGAGGACGCCGCAGCUGAUCAAGACAUUGUUCUGCACGGGCUGGAUUUAGAGAGUGAGCACUGCAUCUUUGAGAACCUCAUCGGCACUGUGACGUUAAUUCCCCUGAAUGGAUCUCAGUGCUCGGUAAAUGGAGUCCAGAUACUGGAAUCAACGCAGCUGAAUCAAGGUGCAGUAAUUUUAUUGGGUAGGACCAAUAUGUUUCGUUUCAAUCAUCCGAAAGAAGCAGCUAAAUUGAGAGAAAAAAGAAAGAGCGGCCUACUUUCUUCUUUCAGUUUAUCAAUGACAGAUCUAUCCAAGUCUUGUGAGAACCUUUCAGCUGUAAUGCUUUAUAAUCCUGGCCUUUUCCCUGUAAAAGGACCCAUUUGUUUAAGACUGGAGUUUGAAAGGCAGCAAAGAGAAGAGCUGGAAAAACUGGAAAGUAAAAGAAAAUUAAUUAAAGAAAUGGAAGUGAAGCAAAAAUACGAAAAAGCAGAACUGGAAAAAAUGCAACAAGAAGUUGAAUCUCAGCGUAAAGAAACAGAAAUUGUUCAGCUGCAAAUUCGUAAACAGGAAGAAAGUUUAAAACGCCGUAGUUUAGACAUUGAAUCCAGGCUGAAAGAUUUACUAGCUGAAAAAGUAAAAUUUGAAGAGGAGAGGUUGCGAGAACAAGAGAUUGAACUGCAAAAAAAGAAACAAGAAGAAGAAUGCUUUAUCAAAGUUCAAGAAGAGCUUCAAAGACUUCAGGAACUUCAUAAUACAGAAAAGGCUGAGAAAAUGGAAAUAUUCAGAGAACUGGAAAAACUUAAAAAGGAGAAGGAUGAUCAAUACUUAAAAUUAGAAGCAGAAAAGAAGAGGCUAGAAGAACAAGAAAGAGAACAACUUAAGCUUGUGGUCCGUCUUGAAGAGCAGCUUCGGGAAAAACAAGAAAUGAUUCAACUAUUCGAAAGAGGUGACGUGUCAAGGUUAGAAGAAGAGAUUGUUGUUUUAGAGGAUGUUAGAGAAGAUCUAUUGCGGGCUAAAGAAGCCAGAUCAGAGGGGGAAGGAGAUCCAGAAGAAGUUGAAAAAGCAACAAACAAAUACACGGAAUAUAAAAGAAUGCAGUUGGAGCAGCUAUCGGUCUUAGAAGGGGAUUUACACAGACAAACUGAUUGUUUGGAAAAGGAAAUCAAAGCUGAUCAUGAUACUCUUUCAAGACUAUGUAUUUCAAAUGUAGAAAACGGAGAACUGCACAAGACAGAAGAGGAGUCUUCCAUAGUCACACCACAAAUAGCAGAAGAACUGGAAAUGAUACAACAGACAGAAAACAGAAUUCACUGUAAAGAAAGACAGCUUAAUUACUUAAAACAAACUCAUUUACCUGCCGUAUUAGAUGAAAAGCAGAGGGCAUCUGAGAUACUUAACAGUGGUUUGCUUGGGUUGGAUAAAACAUUGUAUCAGAUUGAAAAGGAGAUUGAAGAAAAAGCUGAUCAGCUUCACCAGUUCAGGGCAAGCAGUGACCAGUUACAACAGCUACAAGAAACCUUUGAAUUUACCACUAACAUUGCCCGGCAAGAGGAGAAAGUAAGGAGGAAGGAAAAAGAAAUUCUUGAAUCAAGAGAAAAACAGCAAAGAGAAGCCCUAGAACAAGCUGUUGCUAAGCUGGAGAGAAGACAUUCUGCACUUCAGCGACAUUCAACUAUAGAUGUGGAAAUUGAGGAACAAAAAUGCAAACUUGCUGCUUUGAAAAACAGCGAGGAACAGGCCGAUCUGCAGGCUACAUUAGAGGCAGAACAAAAGGCUUUGGAGCAAGACCGAGAGAGACUAGCUCAUGAAAUUCAACAGCUGAAGCAGAAGAUACAUGUGGCUGAUCCACUUUCCAAAAAUCUUUCAGGAAGUGUAGAAGAAAAGCCUUCCCUUGUCAACUCGCCGGCAAGUCCAGUAAAAUCUCAGUCACAUUUACUUACAUUGAAUGAUGACAGGAUCCAUGCUUAUAUAGAAGAGGAGGUGCAAAGACGACUUCUGAAUAUCAAUAUGUCUUGUGACAACCUUAAUGGCCUUAGCCUGUCUUCUUCUGCAGACUUUGGAAUGAAUUCCGACGCAUACCUGAAUGGUGCCACGCAAAGAAAACUUAAAUACGAGAAUGUACAACAUCCUGAGAAAUUCCGCAAUCUACGUAUGCCUGGGACUAAAACCACUUCAGCGUUGCCUGAUCUGACGAGAACCGAGUAUCAGCACCUAGCUCCAGUGACUGAUGCACUUGCUGACUUUUCCGAAACAUAUUUAGACUCUCAAGAGAAAUAUUUAAGCAAAGGAAAUGAGAAAAGAACAUACGGAUCAUCUAUUAGUGAAUAUUUUGAAGUUCUGGCUGACACGAAAUGUGAACUGAGUCAACUCGUUAGUAAAAACAUUUCCAAGAACAAGUGCCUUCAUGAAAGUGUCCCAUGUGCUUCUUGUCACCAGACACAACUCGAGCUUUCAGAGAAUCCACUUUGUCACCAGGAUUUUAUAAAAACAGAAUAUGACUUGACUUCUAUGCAACAAAUUCCAUCCUCUGUAAUUGCUGAUACUAACGAAAUAUGUCAUUGUUCUCUGUCUGAGACUGGUAUGCUUUGUGAAACCAAUUUGAAAGAAAAUAUAUCUCUCUGCCAAAGUCCUACAAAUAUUCUACCAGAAUUCAGUGGUAGCAAAGUCAACUCAGAGGAAGCAGACAAGUUCAUACCCGACAAUACGGUGUUCAACGUCUUUUCUAAUAAAUUAUCUUACCUUUAUAAAAAUACACACUUGCCAACCAUAAAGGAGGUUGUUGACCAGGCAAAGAAGCUAUACAAUAAGCAGGACAACAGAAUAAAGUUCAAUCAAGUGCUUUCUCUAGUUAAAGACAUCCAGGUUUCAAAAUAUUUCCACCUACCCAUGACAAACCAUGGUGACCCAUGUGCUGCAACAGAAAGUCCUCCAGUGAAACAUGUUAAACUCUACACCUUUGUCCCAUCACAUAUGGUUUCAGUAGAACCAGGCCAGCCCAUGAUAUGUGAGCUCUCUCCUAGGAAAGAGAUUGUUGCUUUUCAUGACCAGAAUUGGCAAGAAGUCUGUAGAAAUACUAAAGUAUUUAGGCAUCCAUUUGUGCAAUUAAUGAAUGAGCUUCAGAGUUCUCUCCCUGAAGAAUUAUUAGAAUACCUAUCACAUACGUUGCCUGAGUUGCAAAUAGAAGAGAAAGCAUUUAAAAGUGCUUAUUGGCUUUGUGUCGCUAACUGUUCACAGUCUGAGCCUCAGCCCGCAUGCAUUCUUUUGUUUAGCAGCCAUAUUCAUGUAAUAGAUUUUUCCAACACCAUUCCAUCAUUGUUCGUCACCUUCCCACUGUUCACUUUGCAAGAGAUUAGAAUCUGCUUUGGGGGGCAAAGCUUUCUUUUUCUUGGACGUAAUCAAGAGCCUCUUCUUACUGGUUAUACCUUCAGUGGUGCCUACACUCAGCAAGUUUGUGGAGACAUAAUAGAAUCUAUCACUUCUGAAUCAGACUACGACAUGUGUAGAACUCAUCCACUUUUAACGAAAGACUUAAUGCGGUUGUCCCUUGACUGGAAUGUUGAACUAUCAGACAUUGUUUGCUCUAAUGGUUUUAAACUGACAAGUAAUUUCAGGGCGGCAUUAGCGGAUUUGGUUUACCUGCUUCAUGAAAACACGGAAGGCACAAAACCGUCAUUGGGCGAUAUGAGUCUUCUGUUCUACUCAAUAGUUAGGGUAGAUCACGGUCACAGAUAUACUUACAGAUCUUUAGUUCUUACCGAUACUUCAAUAGCUCUUGUGACAGAAAACCCUGGGUUUCAUGAAAGAGCUUGUUGGGUAAACGUUAGGCUGUGCACCUUACCUGAUCUCAAGUGCAUUAUUCUAGCAGAUAAAGGAGAUUUAACCAAAAUUACAGUUGUGUUUUCUAAAAAUACUAAUCAAGGUGUAAAUGUAAGUACCCGGCAUAAUGAGUUACUGCCAACUUUUUCCAAUGUAGCCAUCCAAAAACUUUUGCCAUUGGGAACAGACUUGUGGUCAAUUCAUCUGAGCUCAACUAAAAAAGCCCUUUUACUCAUUAGGCACAUAACCGAGUAGGAAAGAAUAUGGCCCAUGGAUAAGCUAGCAUAUGUGUAUACAGAUGUUUGUGCCAGUCAAAUGUAUCUCAGGUUUGCACUAUAAUAUGAAUUAAAUAUUUAAUUUCCAUUAUGUCCAAAAAGUAACAAUGAGACAAUCUACAAAGCCUUAUAAAGGGAUACUCAAUCUAAUACACAUUUUAUGUUAUCCUUCGAUGUAAAAAGCAACCAAAGCCUUAAAAACUAUGUGCACUUUAGGAGUCUAGAUUGCCUAAAAGCAAAAUUAGAAUAGUUCCACCUGUGGCAAAUGGGAGAGUGUGUUGCAGUAUAUUAUAGGUAAUUAUAUUAGGGAUGCACCAAAUCCACUAUUUUUGAAAGAUUUGGCCGAAUACCAAAUCUUAAUCCUAAUUUGCAUAUGCAAAUUGUAUUUGUGUCACUAACUGUUCAAUUUGCAUAUGCAAAUUAGGGUCAGGAAAUAAAAAAGUGGAAAAUAAUAUAUUUUCUUCCCUGUUUUGUGAUGAAAAGUCACAUGAUUUCUGCGGAAAAAGGUUGAAUCCCAAACCGAAUCCUGGAUUUGGUGCAUCUCUAAUUCAUAUACAUUUUCGUGAGUUAUUUUGAAAGUGAGCCCCAGGUAAAAAACAUAACAAGAAGAAUACUUACUUCACUGUCUGCGUUUAUGUUCUAAUGGAUAAGAGCAUCUCGAAAUGUCCUAUUUUAAAUAUUGCUAAUUAAUUUUUAUGCAUUUCUUAUUCAUGUUGUACAGCUUUCUGUUGCUAUAAAUAUGAACAGUUUUCAUAAAAUUGCAUAUUUUGAAACUA